AUGAAGACACACCAGUUUUUCCUUCUGCCAUUAUUGCUUCUCACAGGCUUCCUGGCAGCAGACAACAUAAGCCCGAAUGAAACAAAGCCAAAGAAAGCCAAACUCCCCAAAAUAAAAAUGGAGAAGGCUGUACUCUUGCUGAGACAAAGCAACUUUGACAGAGUAUUGAAGGAAACUAAGUAACUGCUGAAGGAGUUCUGUGAGUGUUUAUCUCAGUCAUCUCAGAAUUCGUCGGAAGAAUUUGCUGAGGCUGCACUACAGCCUAAAAAAGAAGCUCCAAGAAUCUAAUGUGGCAAAAUUAAUGUCACACACCAACAUGAUUUGAGAAAAUUUAAUAUAUGAGAGUUUCCUACUGUGAAAUUUUUUGUGUGUGGCAGCAGGGAAGAUCCCAUAGACUGCAAAGGUAAACUACAAGCCUCAGCUUUUAUUACAUGGGUGAAAAGAAGAACAGGACCUAGCACUGUUUUAAUCAACUCUACUGAUCAAGCUGAAGCCAUAAAUGCUGACAAUUUGGCAGUGACUGGCUUUUUCGAGGAACUUCACAAUGACAGUGUGGAAGUUUUCUGUGAGAUGGUAAGAGAUGUACCAGAGAUGCCUUGUGGGAUGACAGCCAGUAAGAACAUCCGUGCUAACCACAGCAUCCAAACAAACACUCUUGUUGUGUUUAAGAAGACAUCUGUGAAGAUUUUUGAAGUCCCUGCUGAAAAUCAUAUCCUGCUGUUCACCCCAACAAACUCAGAGACGUUCAAUGCAAUUUAUGAAAACUACAAGUGUGCUGCUGGGGAAUUUAGAGGAAAGAUAAUGUUUACCUUGGUGGAUACUAAUGAAACAAGGAACGGACAAGUGUUCGAGUAUUUUUGCAUCAGGGAGGUUGACAUUCCUGCCAUAAGAAUCGUAAACCUGACAAGCAAUGCAAAGUAUAAAAUGCCUGCAGAUGAGCUGACUGUGGAGAACCUAAAAUAAUUUUGCCAAAGCUACCUAAAUGGAAAAGCAAAGUUACAUCUCUCUAUUGAAGAAAUUCCAGAGAACUGGGACAAGAUGCCUGUCAAAUUCCUUGUUGAGAACAAUUUCAACAGGAUUGUCUUCAAUAAGACCAUGAUUGUGUUUGUUAUGUUUUAUAAGUAUGUCCCUUGGUCCUAUGGCUGGAGAAAACUCCUGCCAAUCUGGGAUAAGCUAGGAAAGCAAUAUGAAAGUCACAAAGACAUAAUCAUUGUGAAGACAGAUGUCACAGCAAAUGACAGCCUGUCUGUUGGAUCAGAUCACUAUCCGUUCUUCAGACUCUUCCCUGCUGGACCAGAUUACCAGGAGGUGGCCUAUGCCAGGGAGCAUACCUUGGAGGCAUUUUCUGAAUUCUUAGAAGAACAAAGCAAGACAAAAGCAGAACCAGGACAGAAGGUAGGAUCCUUCAGAGGAAUCGAAGAGGAUCUCGGCCAAAAAGAGACUGUAAUAACAGAGAAAGAACAACUUUAA